CACGCUGUGUCCCUGUCCGCCGCUGGUGAAUGUCCAGUUUGUGCAGCCCGGGUUAUGGCUCAGUACGCACCGCAGGGUUAUGGUCUCUCGGACGAACAGGAAUACCUCCAAGCGUAUGAGGAUGUCUUGGAAAAAUACAAAGAUGAAAGAGACAGAGUGCAGAAGAAGACAUUUACAAAAUGGAUAAACCAGCAUCUGGUGAAGGUACGAAAGCAUAUAAAUGACCUGUAUGAAGACCUACGAGAUGGACAUAACCUGAUCUCACUGCUGGAGGUUUUGUCUGGAGACACAUUGCCUCGGGAGAGAGGAAGGAUGCGCUUCCACAGACUCCAGAAUGUACAAAUAGCACUGGAUUAUUUAAAGAGGCGGCAGGUCAAACUUGUAAAUAUCAGGAAUGAUGACAUCACAGAUGGCAACCCGAAACUGACCCUGGGAUUGAUCUGGACCAUAAUUCUGCACUUUCAGAUCUCGGAGAUCCAUGUGACAGGGGAGUCCGAGGACAUGACAGCCAAGGAGAGGCUACUGUUCUGGUCCAGGCAGAUAACAGACGGCUACGUAGGCGUACGUUGUGACAACUUCACAACCUCCUGGAGGGAUGGGAGGCUCUUUAACGCCAUCAUUCAUAAAUACAGGCCAGACCUGGUUGACAUGAGCCAUGUGUCGACACAGGCCAACCGAUCAAAUUUAGAGCAUGCGUUUGGUGUAGCCGAGCAGCUGGGGGUGGCCAGACUGCUGGACCCCGAGGACGUAGACGUUAAUUCACCCGAUGAAAAAUCUGUCAUCACAUACGUCUCAACACUGUACGAUGCUUUCCCCAAAGUACCUGAUGGUGUUGAAGGAAUCAGUCCUAAUGAUGUCGAUAUCAAAUGGGUGGAGUACCAGAACAUGAUCAAAUACCUCAGCCAGUGGAUCAAACACAAUGUGGCCAUAAUGUCAGAUAGAUCAUUCCCCAACAACCCUGUGGAAAUCAAGGCACUUUAUACACAGUAUCUCCAGUUUAAAGAACAUGAAAUCCCGCUGAAAGAGAACGAGAAGACAAAAAUCCAGAAUCUCUAUAAAAUGCUUGAGAUGUGGAUCGAGUUUGGACGUAUUCAGCUACCCCAGGGUCAUCACCCUAACGACGUGGAGAAGGAAUGGGGUAAAUUAAUUGUUGCCAUGCUGGAAAGAGAGAAGAGCCUGAGGCCUGAGGUGGAAAGGCUUGAGAUGUUGCAGCAGAUUGCCAACAGGGUCCAGAGGGACUGUGUCAAUGGAGAGGACAAGCUGGCAUUUGCAAGAACUGCCCUGCAGUCUGAUGCAAAACGUCUGGAGUCUGGUAUUCAGUUCCUGAAUGAAGCUGAGAUUGCUGGCUACCUUUUGGAGUGUGAGAAUAUCCUCAGACAACAAGUGGUGGACAUCCAAAUUCUUCUGGAUGGGAAAUUCCCCUUUGCAGAUCAACUUGUACAAAGGGUGUCUAAACUCCGGGAUGAACUUCUGGCCCUGAGAGCAGAGUGUUCUUCUGUGUACAGCAAAGGUCGCACCCUGACGACGGAACAAACCAAAAUGAUGAUCUCAGGCAUCACACAAAGCCUAAACUCAGGCUUCUCUCAGAACAUCAACACGAGCAUGACACCAGCCCUGACUCCUGCACUCACCCCAGGGGGGUUAGGUACCCCUGGGUCCACAUUCACCUCUAGCCUUACACCGUACACCCCUGCCUUGACCCCCGGUCUGCAGCCUGCUUCGGUCCAGAGCUACAUGGGGAGUGGUGGCGGCAUGGACCCAGGCAGCCUCAGGCAACUGAAACACAUGCAGAUCCGCAAGCCCUUACAGAAAUCCUCACUGGCAGACCCUAACAUGACCGAAGAGGAGGUCAACAUGAAAUUUGUUCAGGACCUUCUGAGCUGGGUGGAAGAGAUGCAGUUGCAGCUGGAUCGUUCAGAGUGGGGAUCUGAUUUGCCAAGUGUGGAAAUACAUUUAGAUAACCACAAAAGUGUACAUGGAGCCAUUGAAGAAUUUCAAAUGAGCCUUAAAGAUGCCAAACUGAGUGAGAUUCAGAUGACCAUCCCCAUGAAAAUAACUUAUUCAGACAAACUGAACCAACUAGAAAAGCAGUAUGAAAGGCUGUUGAGCUGUUCAAGGGAGCGACAGAGCCACCUGGAAAGCCUGCAUGACUUUGUGUCACAGGCGACUCAGGAGCUCAUCUGGCUGAAUGAGAAGGAGGAGGAGGAAGUUGCCUUUGACUGGAGUGAUCGCAACGGCUACAUCUCCAAGAAAAGAGACUACCAUGCUGAUCUGAUGAGGGAGCUGGACGAAAAGGAGGAAGUGAUCAAGUCUGUGCAGGACAAGGCAGAGUGCCUAAUGCUCAAGAACCACCCAGCCAGGCUCACUAUUGAAGCGUACAGGGCCGCCAUGCAGACUCAGUGGAGUUGGAUUUUACAGCUCUGCUCAUGCGUAGAACAGCAUCUCAAAGAGAAUGCUGUUUACUUUGAGUUUUUCAGGGAUGCCAAAGAGUCCAUGGAUUACCUUAAGAGCCUGCAAGAUUCCAUUCAACAUAAAUACAGCUGUGAUCAAUCAAGCAGCCUACACAGACUGGAGGAUCUCAUUCAGGAGUCCAUGGAUGAGAAAGAGCAGCUCCUUCAGUACCGCAGCACUGUGGCUGGGUUAGUGGGCAGGUCCAAGAAUAUUGUGCAAAUCAGACCCAGGAACCCUGAAAGCCCCGUGAGAUCCUCCAUCCCUGUCAAAGCCAUCUGUGAUUAUCGUCAGAUAGAGAUUACCAUUUACAAAGAGGAUGAGUGCGUACUGGCCAGUAACUCUCACCGGGCCAAGUGGAAAGUCAUCAACCCAGCAGGCAAUGAGGCCAUGGUGCCCUCUGUGUGUUUCACUGUGCCUCCACCCAACAAAGAGGCUGUUGACAUGGCUACAAGAACUGAACAGUUAUACCAGGACGUCCUGGCCCUCUGGCACCACUCCCACAUCAACAUGAAGAGUGUGGUGUCUUGGCAUUAUCUGAUGGCUGACAUACGUGCCAUCCGCAACUGGAAUUCGGCCUCAAUAAAGACCAUGUUACCAGGUGAGCAUCAGCAGGUCUUGAGCAACCUGCAGUCCCACUUCGAGGAGUUUCUGGAAGACAGCGAGGAGUCCGAGGUAUUCACAGUGGCCGACUGUGCCCAGCUAGAGAGAGACGUUGCGGCCUGCAAAGAGUACUACCAGGAAUUACUCAGAUCUGCAGAAAGAGAGGAACACGAGGAGUCGGUACACAAUCAUUACAUCUCAGAAAUACGCAACUUCCGAAUGCAUCUGGAGGCCCAUGAAGAACACCUGAUCAGGCAACUUCGCACACCGCUGGAGAGAGACGACCUGGAGCAGAGUCUGCAGCGCAUCACAGAACAUGAGAGGAAGACAGCGGAGCUGAAUAAACUGAAGGAGGACCUUGACGUUAUGAAGGAGAAGUGUGAGCUGUUCCUCCGACAGGCUGCAGGAUCUCCUUCUGUGCCAGCACUUUCCUCUGAACUCACCGUCCUCAUUCAGAGCAUGAGCCAAGUGUACUCCAUGUCUUCCAUUUAUAUGGACAAACUGAAAACAGUGAGCUUAGUGGUGAGGCACAGCCAGAGUGCAGAGGCACUAGUUAAGACCUACGAAUCCAAACUCUAUGAGGAAGACGCUAUGAACUCUGACCUCAAGUCCAUUGAGACAGUCAUUUCAACUCUUAAGCAAUGGCGGACAGAGAUUGACGAGAAGCAGGAGGUGUUCCAUGACAUGGAGGAUGAGCUGCAGAAAGCACGGGUCAUCAGCGACCGCAUGUUUAAGGCACAUAACGAGCGUGACUUUGACCUGGACUGGCACAAGGAGAAGGCUGAUCAGCUGAGCGAGAGAUGGCAGAACAUUCACUCCCAGAUUGAUGGCAGGCUUCGGGACCUGGAUGGCAUCGGCAAAUCUCUGAAACACUACGGAGACUCCUACAGUAGUCUUGAUGAAUGGGUUAGAGAAAUGGAAGCAGCACAGAUAAAGGCCCAAGAAAACAAACCUGAAGACAGCAAGGCACUGGCUGAGCUGUUAAACAAACAGAAGGUCCUUGUUGCCGAAAUUGAACAAAAGCAGAGCAGAAUUGAUGAGUGCCAGAAGUACUCAGAGCAGUACUCAUCUUCAAUUAAGGAUUAUGAACUACAGCUGAUGACCUUCAGAGCGAUGGUCGACUCCCAGCACAAAUCCCCUCUCAAGAAAAGGAGGAUGCAGAGCUCUUCUGAUGCCAUUCAGCAGGAGUUUAUGGAUCUCCGAACCCGCUACACUGCUCUUGUGACUCUCAUGACACAGUAUGUGAAGUUUGCCAGUGAAACACUGAAGAGGACUGAAGACGAGGAGAGAUCUGUUGAUGAGGAGAAGAGAGAGCAUGGUGAUAAAGUUAGCAAACUAUUGCACUGGAUGUCCAAUGUGAAGCAGAGCCCAAACAAUGAUGGGAAUGCUCUGAAAGAUAGCAAUGCCAACACAGAUGCUUCUAAUAAGCCCCAGAUGUCAGUUGAGGAAAUGGUCACUAAGAAGGAACAAAUUGCAGAAGCACUGAGAGCCACACAAAUGAUACUGAACAAACACAGUGACAAAAUGACUGAGGAGGAAAGAGAAAAGGCCCAGGAGCAGCUGAAGGCGCUCAAUCAGGCCUACAACGAACUCUCCCAACAUUGUUCAGAUCAGACAACCUCUGCAGAAGAGGAUUUAAAAUCCAGUGGUGCAGGGCUUGGGACCGGACCCAUUAGUGGCCUUAUUGAUCAGAUAACUGGAGUCGCUCUGCCAGAAGCCCAGCCUGUGACCUCCAACCUCUUUCAGUCAGAGUCGCAUGUCUGUCUGGACCGGGACGAUGCUUUCCAACAAAAUCUCCUUUAUAAAUCCACGCUGGACCACUUUCCAAAGCUUAUUGAAGCAAGCAAGUGCACACACAUCUCCUCUGUGUCUCUCUCUGACAUAGCAGCAGCUAGGGAAGGAACCACGUGUGAAGACCCGAUCAUCAAGAUGAUAGAGGUCAAAGAGGUCUGUGAUGGAUUGGAGGUGUGCUACACAGGGGACACAAUGACCCUGGAGAGUGCUUUUCAGUGCGGUGUGAUAUCUGCUUCAGUCUACGUAGAGAUCCUUCAGAGGCAAAAGACCAGUCAGGAUAAUACUAAUCACAGUGCUGCUGAAGAUGUGUCACUCUUAGAGCCAGUGCAGGAGGUUAAUAGACUCAUAUUAAAGUGCCUCAGCAGUAAUAAAUCACUGACAUCAGGGAGGAGUAUUACCGCUUUGAGGUCUUUUUCUGAUGGUUUAAGUGACCAGGAGACCAUGUCAGAGGAAGUUAUGAGUAAUGAUGAGGGGCUAAAGGUGGAUGCAGCCGUUCAGUGUGAUUUGAUGCGCUUUAACAGCACACUCAUUGUGCUUGAAAAUCAGCGGCAGGUAAUGGGAAUAGUGUUGCCUCAUUGUGGGGAUAUCCAAACUGUGUCCACCUCAUUCCAGUAUGACCAACAGAUCACCAGUGAUGAGUUUACCAGCACAGUGUUCUGUAACCGGGAGAAGAUAGCAGCUUUUUACAUUCCAGAAAAUUCAGAGGUGGUAGACAUCAACUCUGCCAUUCAGAAUGGUUUGAUUGACACUUACACAGCAGAUAUUCUGAAGUCUAUAGAAAUUCCUGAUGUGCUUCCUGAUGUUCACCACCUUAACGACAAGUUUUCAUCUUGGCUUAUGUACAGAAAACUCACAAUUGACGGAUGCCAUCAUGCUGCAGAUUGCUUGAAAGUAGAUAGCGUCCCUACUCACGCAGAGGCAACUCAGCUAUUCAUCUCCUACCUAAUGUUGAACAGUUACAUAGAUCCAGAGUCAAGACAGAGGGUUCUAAUACUCGAUAAACAGCUGAGUAAAAUGGUUCAAAUUUUUCUUGAAGAUUCAGUAUCUGAAAAGACUGAGAAAAAUGUAACGUCUCUGACUUUAAAUGUUGGAGAUCUUUCAGAACGGGUAGAUUUGGAGAUACCACUGCACAUAAAUGAGGAGACAAAGGAGAUGAUGAAAAACAGGCAACACACAUUUGAUCAGAAUAAUUUUGAUUCCUCGCUCAAUGGAAGAAUUAGCUUUGAUAAAAAAACAUCUGCAAAUGCCGGGCAGUUUUUAGAUGAUGACAUUGGAAUGGAUACUACAGAGCAGGGUGUUGAGGAAGAAAACAUGUUUCAAAACAACACAAACUGGACAAAGUCAGAUGAUUUUGCAGAGAGAGGUUGUCAAAAUAGUUUCCAAACUGAUGAUGAAGGUGCUGAUAGUGAAGGUUUAUGUAAAAUGUUUAGUCAAACUUUAUACUCUCCGAACAGAACAAAUGUUGGCUCUCCGUCGGGGAUGUUUGACUCAGAGUGUUCAAUAAAAUCCUGCCGUCAAACACUUCCACAAUACAACACUGAGUCACUUUGUAGUGAAUCAGAAGGUACAGAUAUUACCCAAGAUGAGAUUUUAUGCUCCAAGGGCGUACUGGAGGGACAAAAUGAGCAAGACUAUGCUAUUCAUCUUCUGAAAGCACAUAUGGGGGAACAGGACAUUUUAGAUAUCACCUCUGGGAGGCGUUAUGACCUGGAGGAAGCUCUCAGUCAGGGACUAGUUAACGAGACGACAGGGAUGAAACUGCUUGACCAGCAGUCACAUGAAAAACAAAGUGUUGUAGGAGAUGAGGAGGACACAAUGUCUGUUUUAAAACAGCCAGUGUCAGAUGCAUCAAAAUCCUCAAAUAUUGCUCUUAGUUUGAUAGAGCAGCAAAACCUUUUGAGGUCUGGUUGCACCAUUAGUGUCAGUGAGUCAUUUCAGUCUAGAUCAGAUAAAGAUGACCGUGUUGACUUAGACCCUGAAGCCAGCAGUAACCAUGAAGAAAACUUCUCUCACUCCAUCUCUGCUGAUCACGAUCUACGUUUAAUUAAUAGUAAUGAGACUGAAAACAUGCAGACUGAGAGGAAGGUUGUUGUUAAGCUGCUUGAUCUGACUGAUGAGGAGGCUUAUAAUAAAGAGGGAGAGAAUGGAGAUGCAGAGCUAGAUUGUGACACAGCAGGAAAUGUUGGAGAGAUGAGUAAUUAUCGCCCUCAUUCACCUCCCUCAGUUGGCGAUUAUGAGUCUCUGAUGAGCUCACCCUCCUCAUGGAGUCAGUUUACCGCAGAGUCUCUUCAUCUUGUUGACAAAUCGCCUUUACUAGCUGAAGACAGUGACUCACAGGCUGUAAUCAAUAGUCAACUGACAGAUAUGGAUGUUGUGAUAGAAAACGUUGCUCCAACCACACAGUCACGUCCAUCUAGCUCUGAUCCAGAAAUCCUCACAGAAUAUUCCAAUUCUAUUGAUCACCCCAAAUCAGACAGCUCACCUAUUGAUAAAGACUUUUUCAUCGCCCAAGUGGGAAAUCAGAAAGUUAGUGGGAGUGAAUUAGACAUUUCCUCAUCACACCGCAAUGUGAUGUCUGAGCAAUGCAGAACAGAGAAUGACACAAGUGCACUUCAGUCACCUUUGGACAGCGAGCCAACUCCGAGUGUAGGUUACUCAUCAGCCAGAGAUUUAGUAGAAAGUGCAAUCAUCUCAGAGUCCAAGGUUAAUGGUAACUAUGAUAACAACAUUACAAAGGAUGGCAGCAUAAACACAUUACCUCAGCAGGCAGCACUUCAUUCAGAAAGUGAGUUUAGUGUUGGAUCUGAGCCCGGCUGCUCUCAAAAUGGUCAGAGUGUGCUUGUUGGUGAGAGAUCUCCACAGUCACCCGUUGUUUCCGAUGAAGUCACCGCAACAAAGGCUAUUAAUCUUAAGUGUUUUGAUGUUGAAGAUUCAGAGCACUACAGUCAAACUAACAGCAGAGUUUCUCUUGAAGCAGUUUUGGCUGGUAAAGAUUCUAUACACAGUGCUGCAGAGGAUGUUGAGUUAAGCACAGAGAGGCAACAUGAGGACAUUUUCACCAGUGAUACAAAGCAGAUCUCUGCGUUAAAUCAUGCAGAGAAGGCAAGAGAUAAAGAAAAUAUUAGUGGAAAUGUUUCUGGGUCAGAAAUGAACUCAGGACAGACUGAAACUAUAUUGGGAUUAGGUUCAGGAUCUGAUAUUCUACAAGAGGAAAAACGAUUACAUAUGUGUGCUUCUGAGCAUCUCCAGGUAGAUACUGAUUUCCUUUCAGACGGCUGCAUCGCAUCUGAUGCUUCCUCAUCAGUGUUUUCUAAUGAUGUAAAGACACAUGUAAAUGAUGAAGGGGAAGGAAUUACAAAGGGGACUGAUGUCAGUGAUUUGCAAAAGGCUCAAACUCGAGACACUGAAAGCUCUAUCGCAGUAUUUCAGAAUACUCAACAACCUUUAGACAAAGGUGGUUUUCAGGAGAAAGACACACCUCAUGGACUCAUAGAGAGCAGUCACCCAGACCUUCUCAUGGAUUUGUUGAAGCAAAACACCCUCAGUUCAAACAACAAAGACACAGGAAACUCAGAACUGAUAAUGCAGGAAGAGGAAGUUGGUGAAAGGACAGAGCAGUCGGAUGCUCCAAACAUCCAGCUGCAACUGCUGCAGGUUCUCAAGACUGUUUCCUCAGGCCAAGACCUUUCAAUGCUCCAGGAGGUGAUGGACACUCUAAACAGUGCUCUGGGGGGAGACUCUCUGGGGGGAGACUCUCUGGGGGGAGGCUCUCUGGGGGGAGACACUCAGGAGGAGAGGUGGCACACACUGGAGAGCAUCAAGGAGGAGAGCUCAGAGGGAGAAGACGAGGAGUCAGCAGAAGAUGACUCUGGUCUUUGUCGCUCUGCUGCAGACAGUCGCCCACUGUCUCCUCAGUCGUCUGGCAGCUCGGAUGUCUGCAAAGUUGAGAAGGUGAAAAAUAAGCAGUUCUCCAUCCAGGAUUUCUUGGAGUGUGUUGGGAGACUACAGGAUCACGCUGAUGUUUUAGAAGAUGUCAGAAAAGACCUUUUAAUCCAAGCACCCAUUGGCAACAACAUGGAAGAACUGCAGAUUCAAAAAGAGGAUUUUCAGGCUCUGGAGUCCCAACUUUCCCGACUGACUGGUGUUAUGACAGCAGAUAUGAAGAAAGCCCAACAGCUCUUAAAUUCUGCUGAUGAGGACAUUCCCAUACAGAUCCAGAAAGAUUUGUCCUCGACAUAUCUGGAUUUAGAGCCAAAUGUUACUGCUGUUUCCAAAAUGUGUGCAGAAAGGAGUCACUCCCUAAUCCAAGCGAUGGAAACUGGAAAGAUGCAUUUGGAAUCAACGUACCAGAAACAUCUUAGUGAUCUUGAUGAACUAGCGGGCCUCAUCCAAAACAACUCAGGGUUGUGUGAAGCGGAUUUAAAACCAUGUGAUGUGGACAAACUGAAACAUUUGAUUCAGAAGAACAAGGACUCAGAGAGCAGUCUGCUAAAAGAAGCCAGGCACAAGUUAGAGGAUGUCACAUUUGAUAUCCAGUGUUUUAUUUCUGAGAAUGCUCAGUUUCUGAGUCCAGCUCAGAGCAGCUACAUCCUCAAGUUCCUCAGCACGACUCAGCGAGCGUUCAGGGACCAGACAGAGAGGCUUGUUACCCAGAGGAGUGCCUUGGAUGUCCUACUGGACACCAGGGAGAGGGAGAGCCAGCAGAAGUCUUUGUUGGAGAAACAGAAGGAGUUUACAGAAAAGUUGGAGGAAGUGUGCGAUAAUCUCACCCUGACAGAAAACCAUCUGAUUGGUCAUCAGCAACAGACUGGAAAUGCAGAGUGUGUCACAGACCUGCAGCAGUACCAGCAGGAACACCAGGCUCUGCAAAAAGACGUAUUGACAAAUGCCAGUGCCUUGAAUGACGUCAUCACCAGUACUAAGAAGUUUCUGGAGGAGAACCGGGGCAAGCUGAAUCCCGAUCAAAUCGCCAUUAUUGAGAGCAAGUUGGAGGAGGCGAAAAGCAAAGCAAAACUGAUCAACCAGCGGGCCGAGGAGUCCAGGAAAGAUUUGGAGAAGGUUGUUACCACAGCCAUAAAACAGGAGAGCGAAAAGGCAGCAGCUGUUGAGCGACUUGAAGAAAGUAAGAACAAAAUCGAAGAUCUCCUGGACUGGGUAUCCAACAUAGGGAAUGAAAACGAGAGUGGUCUGGAUAAAACCGACCAUAUAAGUAAAGAGAAUGGAAACCUGCCAGAAGAAACGUCAGCCACGGGACUGAUAGGAACGGAUGAUGAUGCCAAUGGAAACGCUCUACAGACCACUGAAAGUGAUUUUGGCAGAGAGAACAGCGGGGAGAAUGACGCCUCCCUGCAGCUCGACAAGGAGUAUGACAGGGUCAAGGCCCGCCAUCAGGAGAUUCUGUCCCAGCAGCAGGAUCUGAUCAUGGCCACCCAGUCAGCUCAGGCUCUGCUCGACAAGCAGGCAAACGUGCUGUCUCCGGAGGAGAAGGAGAAACUGCAGAAGAACAUCCAGGAGCUGAAGGGACGCUACGAUGCCUCCCUGAUGCAGGCGGAACAGCAGAUGAAGCAGGUGCAGUGUGUCCAGGAGGAGCUGAAGAAGUUCCAGGCUGACUGUGAGGAGUUUGUGGGCUGGUUGGACCAGGCAGAGGGAGAGGUAGAGCAGCUGGGCGCUCCAGUUAGCUCCCUCAAUAUCCUCAGUGAUAAACUCCAACGGCAGAAAAGCUUCUCAGAAGAUGUGAUUUCCCACAAAGGGGAUCUUCGCUUCAUUACCAUGUCAGGACAGAAAGUGCUGGAAGUGGCUAACGCCUGUGGAUUGGCUGACUCAGCGGCUAAGAAAGCUCUGCAGCACGUUGAUACCUCAGGAACCUGCUCUGCUGUCAAGGACAAGUUGGAUUCAGCAGCCAGCCGAUACAAAACACUACAUUCACAGUGCAAUCAACUCGGCAACAACCUUAAAGAAGUGGUUGACAAAUUCCAAAAAUACGACGACUCGAGCGCCGGUCUAUUGAAGUGGCUCAACAGCUCAGAGGAGGAGGCAAGAAAACAGCAAUCCGAGGCCAUAGCAGCUGACCCACAAACACUACAGAAACAGCUGGAGGAGACCAAGGCCCUACAAGGUCAGAUGACAGGACAUCAGACUGCUAUCGACACAUUACGCAAAGCAGCUGAGUCUUUGAUAACAUCUGAAGGAGACCUGCUGAGCAACUCAGACAACAUCCAGGAGACAGUAGAUGACAUAGUUGAGCGCUACGACAACCUGUCCAAGUCUGUGAGUGAUCGAAAUGAGAAACUGCAGAUCACCCUGACUCGCUCCAUGAGUGUCCAGGAUGGUUUGGAUGAGAUGAUGGGAUGGAUGGAGGGAGUGGAGGCCAGUGUGAAAGAGAAAGGACAGAUCCCUCUGGACUCUGCAUCCAUUGGAGAUAUCCUCAGCAAGGAAGUAGCACUAGAGCAGGACAUAGCAAGUCGCCAGAGCAGCAUCUCAGCCAUGAAAGCCAAGGUGAAGAAGUUUGUGGAGACGGCAGAUCCCUCUGCUGCCGCCCUUAUGCAGAAUAAGAUGGAUGCCCUCUCCCAGCGCUUCUCUGAUUCCUGCAACAAGCAUAAGCAAAAAGUUUCCCAGCUUGAGCAGCUCAAGGAAAAGGUGGAACAGUUUGAGAAGGUUACAGAUAAAGUUCAGCAGUUUGUUGUGAAGCGUUCACAAGAUCUACAUGAGACAGACGGGCCAGGGAAAACUUUCAAUGAGCUGUCUCAGCUGAUGCAGAACACUAAAGCUGAGAUGGCUGAACAUGCCAGUGAUUUGGAGAAGCUGCAGACUCUGUCCAAGGAGCUGUCUGAAAUAAGCCCUGAUGGAAACAAAGCCCAGAUCCAGAGCAAGAUGGACAAUCUCUCAAAUAUGUUCACCACCUUCAAAGACACCGUCAAAGAAAAGGAAGAGGAGGUAUCAUCCUGUCAGGACCAGCUGGGAGAGUUCAGAUCUGCAGCUGGCGCUCUUACCAAGUGGCUGGAGCAGACCAAUGAGAAAGUACCUGCCAUUCAGCCAAGCAGCAGUGUGAAAAGUCUGGAGAAGGACCUGCAGAUAGUCACUGGCUUACUAGAUGAGUGGACGUCCAAAGACCCUGCUGUCCAAGACCUGAACAGUAAAGGAUCAGCGCUAUCCAGCCUCAUGACUUACCUCACAUCCCCCGCCAAGACAAAGACCCCUAACAAGUCAGCUCUUACUAAUGGUGGUGGUCCAGCGAGCCAUGCCUACCUAACAAAUAAAGAGCUGAUGGUAAUUCAGCAGAACAUGUCAUUCGUAAACGAGGGAUACAAGACCCUCGGGGAAACGCUGAAGAAUCGAGCAGCAGAACUGAGUGAUUCGGUUCAGGAGGUGAAAGAGGCCCAAAAGGAGACGGACAACAUGAUGACAUGGCUGAGGGACAUGAAAAAGACUGCAGCAUCCUGGAACAACGCAGCCACAGAGAAGGAUUCAGUGAAAACACAGCUUGAACAGCAGAAGGCAUUUGAGGAUGAUAUGAAGCAAAAGCAGGAACAGCUUCAGAAGCUCAGAGAGACGCUCCUCAACUUGAUUAAGACUCAUCCGGACUCCCCCGAGGCUGCAAAAUGGAAGCAGAUGCUGGCAGAAAUAGAUGCUACUUGGGCGGAUAUCAGCGGCUCUGUAGAGGAGAGGAAGCAGCACCUGGAGCAGUCCAACAAGAACUUGGACAUCUUCCAAACAACUGAGCUGCAGCUUGGUCAGUGGCUUUCAGAGAAGGAGAUGAUGAUGAGUGUCCUCGGACCCCUCUCGAUAGACCCCAACAUGCUUAAGAUGCAGAAGCAACAAGUUCAGAUCCUCCAGAACGAGUUUAAGAGCCGCAAACCUCAAUAUGAGCAACUUCAGGAAGCUGCCUCUGCCAUCCUGAGCUCCUCGGGCAACCAGGACCCCUCCAGUGGGAAGCUGGUGAGGGAGCAGCUCACUGCCGUCACCCAGAAGUGGCAAGGCCUCACAGGACAGCUGGACCAGCGAGACAGCCUCAUCGACCAGGCUGCGGUGAAGACGGGGCAGUUCCAGGAGUUACUGAGGAGCGUCAGUCAGACUGCCACUCAGCUGGAGAAUCAGCUCACCAACCAUCAGGGCCACAGCACCCAGCCUGAAGCUGUGAAGAAGCAGUUGGAGGAUGUCCAUAACAUCUCGGCACAGCUGAGAGAGGAGAGGAAGAAGCUGAAGGAGGCUGAGGCCAUCAACACAGAGCUCACAGCGAUGGUUACUGAGGAUUAUCUCAAAGCAGACUUGGCCAGGCAGCUGGAGAGUGUCAGCAAGCCUUUCAAACAACUGGAGGAGAAAGCAGCGAAACGGAUUGAGCACCUCAACUCAACCUUCGCCAGCUCUCAGCAGUUCAAUCAGACCUCCAAAGACUUCCAGUCAUGGCUUGGUGAGAAGCUCCAGGACCAGUCUAAGCCUCAGCCCCUCUCUGCCAAGGCGGACGUCCUGCAACAAACCUUGGAGGAACACAGUAAACUCCAGAAGGCUCUCAGUGAACACGAGGAAGCUUACAACACAAUCACUGGGGAAGGGGAGAUGCUUCUGCAGAAUACUGAUGGUGCAGAAAAGUUGGCACUACAAGGGCAGCUUACUACACUCUCUACCAACUGGGAGGAGGUGAAGAAGAGCUCUGAGGAACAAGCUGACAAACUCAAGACUGCUCUGCAGAAAUCUCUGAAGUAUCAGGAGCAUGCAGAGAAGCUCAGCGCCUGGAUUCAAGAGUGUGAAGCUAGCGAGGGCCGAGUCAAACUCACCGUUGAUCCGAUCGCCGUGGAGAGCUCAAUUGCUCAGGUGAAAGCUCUCCAGAAGGAUGUCGACAAGCACAGAGGGAUGGUGGAGCAGCUCAACGCGGCUGCAGAUAGCCUUCUUGAGGUGGCCAACACAGACACUGACGCUAUCAAGGAGGAGAAGGCUAGCAUUGGGAAAAGAGUAGACAAUGUAGUGGAAGGUCUGCAGAGCAAAAGGGAGUCCCUGGAAAAGAUCUCACACACAGUUAAGGAAUUUAAUGAUGCCUGUAAAGAGGCAAAGGGUCAGCUUGAGGGGGCCAAGAAGCAGGUGGAUAGCUAUGAGUCACAGGGAGUGCAGGCACACAGCAACAAGAACCUGACCAACAUGAAAGCCCAACAAAAGAGUUUAGAGGGAGUGCAGAACCAAGUAGAGCACCUGAAGACCUUGGCCAAGGACCUUGUGGUUGAAGUCCCAGAUGCUGAUGGAGUGACAGACCUCUUACUGCAGGCUGACAGCAUGGAACAAGACUACAGCACCCUUAACAAGAAACUAGAGGAGACGUGCCAAGUAAUGGAGGGUAAACUGCAGGGUAUUGGGCAGUUCCAAAACCGCAUACGUGAGAUGUUCACCCAAUUCACAGACCUGGACGACGAACUAGACGGCAUGGCUCCUGUGGAUCUGGACUUGGCCACUCUCAAGGAACAGCAGGACAGCAUUCAGAGCUUUGUGUCAAAGCUGCAAGAGCUGAUGGCCAACACGGCCAAUGCUGGAGACAGCUGUAAGAAGAUGCUGGAGACGGAAACUUCACCUGACCUGUUUGGCCUGAAGAGAGAUCUGGACGCUCUGAGUAAGCAGUGCGGUAAACUGUUGGACAGGUCUAAAAGCAGAGAGGUGCAGGUGCAGAGCACUCUAACCAAACUGGAGGAGUUGUACGGUAAACUCCACCAAGCGGAAGAUAAACUUUGCAGUGCUGUGGGCAAGGAGGCAUCACAGGAGGCAGUCGGCAUGGAGACAGACGUCAUCAACCAACAGCUGGAGGCCUUUAAGGCUUUUCAGAAAGAGGACAUUGAUCCGCUGCAGACACAGCUGCAAGACAUCAGCUCCCUCGGCCAGAGCCUGAUCCAAAACGCUGCCAAAGGCACCAGCACCAAGAAGCUUGAGGAUGACCUGGAGGAAGUCAACACAAAGUGGAAUACUCUCAAUAAGAAGAUUGCUGAGCGUUCAGCCCAGCUGCAUGAAGCCCUGUUGCAUUGUGGGAGGUUCCAGGAUGCUCUGGAAUCACUGCUCAGCUGGUUGACGGACACGGAGGAGCUUGUGGCUAAUCAAAAGCCUCCAUCUGCAGAAUUCAAAGUUGUCAAGGCACAGAUACAAGAGCAGAAACUUUUACAGAGACUGCUUGAUGACAGAAAGCCAACAGUGGAGCUGAUAAAAAAAGAGGGAGAGAGAGUUGCAGAACUGGCAGAGUCUGUGGAUAAAGAGAAGGUUGCAAAAGAGAUCAAAUGCCUAGGGCAGAGGUGGGACUCUCUGCUCAAGAAGGCUGAAAACAGGCACAAGCAACUAGAAAACAUCUUAGUGGUCACUCAGCAGUUCCACGAGACGCUAGAGCCCCUGAGCGAGUGGCUCGCUGUGACAGAGAAACACCUGGCCAACUCCGAACCCAUCGGCACUGAGACAUCUAAGCUGGAAAAUCAGAUUUCUCAGCAUAAGGCGUUAGAGGAGGAGAUUAUGAAUCACAGUAAAGACCUGUUACAGGCCGUCAGUCUGGGUCAGAUGCUUAAGACUGUGAGCUCAGUGGACGAAAAGGAGUCUGUUCAGUCCAAACUGGACUCCACCCAGGCCAGUUACAUAGAGCUCCAGGAGCGAUGCAGGAGGAGAGCCGAGAUGCUACAGCAGGCUUUUGCAAACGCCCAGAUGUUUGGAGAGGACGAAGUGGCCCUCAUGAACUGGCUCAACGAGGUGCACUCGAGGCUGAGCGAAGUGUCCGUGGAGGACUACAAAAUAGAGGUUCUUGAAAAGCAGCUGGCAGAUCAAUGGGAACUACAAAGUGAUAUUGUGUUGAGGAAGAAGAAUGUGGACCAAGCCAUAUCUAAUGGGAUGGAGCUUCUGAAGCAAACAACAGGUGAUGAGGUGGUUGUUAUCCAAGGCAAACUGGAUGGAAUAAAAUCAAAGUACGCUGAGAUCAACUCUAUGAGUGAUGGCGUUUUGAAGACAUUGGAGCGGGUAUCUGGUCUCUCUACCAAGCUGCAGCAUACCCAUGAGGACCUGAGCUCCUGGCUCGAGAAAGUAGAGGCUGAGGUCACUGCUUUCGCUGAUCAGGAGCCAGCAGGCGAGCAGCUCAUUCAUGCACAAAGCAGACAGAAGGCCUUGUUGAAGGAGACCAAAGACCAAAAACCUGUGAUGGACAAGCUGAAUGAGUUGAGCAGCUCUCUCCUGGAUCUGAUCCCCUGGCACACUCGUGAGGGUCUGGAAAAGCUAGUGACUGAGGGUAAUGAGCGGUACAGAGCCGUGUGCGACACCGUCACACAGCAGGUCGAACAGAUCAACGCUGACAUAUUAAAGUCACAGCAGUUUGAGCAGGCUGCAGACACUGAACUUGCCUGGCUGACUGAAGCUGAGAGGAAGUUGCUGUCGAUGGGUGAGAUCAGGCUGGAGCAAGACCAAACCACGGCCCAGCUCCAAGCACAGAAGAUCUUCUCAAUGGACAUCAUGAGGCACAAAGAUGCUGUGGAUGAUAUUGUGAAAACAGGAAAGGCCAUCAUGAACAGCAAAAACCCAGACGAGAAAGAAAUCUUAAAGGCGAGGACCCAGACUCUCUUGGAGAAGUACGGCAUGGUCAGUCAGCUGAACUCGGAGCGCUGUCUGCAGCUGGAGAGAGCCCAGUCUCUGGCCAGUCAGUUCUGGGAGACCUAUGAGGAGAUGUGUCCGUGGCUUCAGGAAACCUUGAGCGCCUUCAGCCAGCUGCCAAAACCCUCCAUAGAGUACGAAAAACUCAGGCAGCAGCAGGAGGAACUCAGGCAAAUGCGAGAGCUGAUUGCAGAGCACAAGCCCCACAUCGACAAGAUGAAUAAGACGGGGCCUCAGCUACUUGAACUCAGCCCGGUGGAGGGAGCGGCCAUCAGAGAGAAGUACACAGCUACGGACCAACUUUACACCAAACUCAAGGCUGAUGUCAAGGAAAGAGCUGCUACUCUGGAUGAGUCCAUCUCCAAAUCCACCCAGUUCCAUGACAAAAUUGACCCGAUGCUGGAAUCCCUGGAACGGAUCGCUGAACGCCUGCGGCAGCCUCCGUCCAUCUCUGUGGAGGUGGACAAGAUCAGGGAGCAGAUUACUGAAAAUAAAGCUGUCUCUGUGGAUUUGGAGAAGCUGCAGCCUUCGUAUGAAACACUGAAGCAGCGAGGCGGGGAAAUGAUCGCACGAUCUGAAGGAGCAGACAAGGACAUAUCUGCCAAAGUUGUACAAGACAAACUGGACCAGAUGGUGUUCCUUUGGAACGACAUCCAGGCCUUAAUGGAGGAGCGUGAGGCGAAGCUGCUGGAUGUGAUGGACCUGGCAGACAAGUUCUGGUGCGACCACAGCGCUCUCAUCGUCACCAUCAAAGACAGCCAGGACCUGCUGAGAGAGCUGGAGGAGCCUGGAGUCGAUCCAUCGGUCGUCAAACAGCAGCAGGAGUUUGUUGAGGGAUUUAAGGAGGAGAUCGAUGGGCUGCAGGAAGAGCUUGAAGUGGUUCAAAACCAGGGUGCAGAGCUUAUGACGGCCUGCGGGGAACCUGAUAAACCCGUCAUAAAGAAAAGUCUUGACGAGGUGAACUCAGCGUGGGAAAAUCUCAAUAAGACAUGGAAGGAAAGAGUAGAGAGGCUGGAAGAAGCCAUGCAGGCUGCUGUGCAGUUUCAGGAUGGCCUGCAGGGUAUGUUUGACUGGGUGGAUAUUCUGGAGAGCAAACUGGAUUCAAUGUCACCCGUAGGCACAGACCUGGAAACCGUCAAGCAGCAGAUUGUAGAGCUCAAGGAGUUCAAAGGAGAGGCAUACCAGCUGCAGAUCGAGAUGGAGCGGCUGAACCACCAGGCAGGUCUCCUGCUGAAGAAGGUGACGGAGGAGGCCGAUCGCUCCGCCAUCCAGGAGCCAAUGUCUGAGCUCAAGAUGCUCUGGGAAAAUCUGGAUGAGAAGAUCAUCAGCCGACAGCACAAACUGGAGGGAGGCCUUCUGGCACUGGGCCAGUUCCAGCAUGCACUGGACGAGCUGCUGGCCUGGAUGAGCCACACAGAGGAGCUGCUCAAUGACCAGAGGAAGGCGGGAGGAGACCCCAAAGCUGUCGAGAUAGAGCUCGCCAAACAUCACGUUCUCCAGAAUGAUGUGUUGGCUCACAAGGCAACAGUGGAGAGCGUCAAUAAGGCCGGUAAUGAUCUGGUGGAGUCCAGCGCUGGAGAGGAAGCUGCUGGUCUGCAGACCAAACUGGAGAACCUGAACCAGCGGUGGAAAGCCAUCCUGGAGAAGACGGGAGAGAGGAAGCUACAACUACAGAGCGCUCUGCUUCAGGCCCAAGGUUUCCAUGGUGAGAUAGAAGAUAUGCAGCAAUGGCUGAAAGACACAGAACGUCAGCUGUUGGCAUCAAAGGCUGUGGGAGGCUUACCAGACACGGCCCGGGAGCAGCUUAACGCCCAUCUGGAGUUGUGUUCUGCCUUCGAGGUGAAGGAGGAGCUGUAUCAGGAGCUGAUGAACAAGGGCCACCAGCUGCUGGCCAUAACACCCGAGGGUCCAGACAGCAACACGGAGCAGGACCUCGCAAAUCUGAAGGACAAGUGGGAAUCUGUGCAGGGGAAGGCCGCUGAGAGAAAGGUGAAACUAGAAGAUGCUUUGACGCUGGCCACAGAUUUCCACAACUCCCUGCAGGACUUCAUCAACUGGCUGACCCAGGCGGAGCAGACGCUGAACAUGGUUUCACCCGCCUCCCUCAUAAUGGACACCAUCAUGUUUCAGAUUGAUGAGCAUAAGAUGUUUGUGACAGAGGUGAACUCCCACAGGGACCACAUCAUUGAACUGGACAAGACAGGAACACAUUUGAAGUACUUCAGCCAGAAACAGGAUGUGGUCCUGAUCAAGAACCUGCUGCUUAGCGUGCAAGGCCGCUGGGAGAAACUGGUGCAGCGGUCUGUUGAGCGAGGUCGUUUGCUGGACGACGCCAGGAAGAGGGCCAAACAGUUCCACGAAACUUGGAAUAAACUUAUGGAGUGGCUGGACGAGUCUGAGAAGACUCUGGACUCAGAAGUGGAAAUUGCCAACGAUCCAGACAAAAUCAAGACGCAGCUGGCGCUGCACAAGGAGUUCCAAAAAGCUGUGGGCAGCAAACACUCAGUGUAUGACACCACCACUCGAACAGGACGGGCCCUGAAAGACAAGACCUCCCUUCGGGAUGAUAAUCAGAAGCUGGACGACAUGCUGAGUGAACUGAGGGACAAAUGGGACACUGUUUGUGGCAAGUCAGUUGAAAGACAAAACAAGCUUGAGGAGGCCCUGUUGUUCUCCGGCCAGUUUACAGACGCUCUCCAGGCUCUCAUUGACUGGCUGUACCGAGUUGAGCCUCAGCUGGCUGAGGACCAGCCCGUACACGGAGACAUAGACCUGGUUCUCAACCUGAUAGACAACCACAAGGUUUUCCAGAAGGAGUUGGGAAAGAGGACAGUAAGCGUUCAGGCCCUCAAACGUUCCGCAAAGGAGCUGGUAGAGAGCAGUCACGAUGACUCGUCCUGGGUCAAAGCCCAGAUGCAGGAGCUGAGCACUCGCUGGGAGACCGUGUGCAACCUCUCGGUGUCCAAACAGGCCCGGCUGGAGCAGGCCCUGUGUCAGGCUGAGGAGUUCCACUCCACGGUUCAUAUCCUGCUGGAGUGGCUGGCUGAGGCAGAGCAGAUUCUGCGUUUCCAUGGCAGCCUUCCUGACGAUGAGGAGGCUCUGCAAACGCUCAUCGAACAACACAAGGAGUUCAUGAAGAAACUGGAGGAAAAGCGAGUGGCUCUUAAUAAAGCAACCAGUAUGGGGGAGGCUAUUCUGAUCAUCUGCCAUCCAGACUCUAUCACAACCAUCAAACACUGGAACACCAUCAUUAAAGCCCGGCUUGAAGAGGUGCAGGCAUGGGCCAGACAGCACCAGCAGCGACUGGCCACAGCCCUCACUGAGCUGUUGGCCACUCAGGACCUGCUGGAGAAUCUGCUGACCUGGCUGCAGUGGGCUGAGACCAACCUCAACGAUAAAGACAAGGAGCAGCUGCCGCAGGAGCUCGAAGGGGUCAAAAGCCUCAUAGCAGAACACCAGGCAUUCAUGGAGGAAAUGACCAGGAAGCAACCAGAUGUUGACAAAAUCACCAAGACACACAAAAGGAAGGCUGCUGUGGAGCCCCCAGUCCAGUCUCACAUCCCUGUGCUCGACAAAGGAAGAACUGGAAGAAAACGUUCUCCCACACAAACGAUGUAUGCGUCAGCAACACAACCUCCCAUUGAAACCAAGAACCCGCGGGUGAACCUGCUGGUCACUAAGUGGCAGCACGUGUGGCUGCUGGCUUUGGACAGAAGGAGGAAACUCAACGAUGCCUUGGACAGACUGGAGGAGUUAAAAGAAUUUGCCAACUUUGACUUUGAUGUGUGGCGGAAGCGCUACAUGCGCUGGAUGAACCACAAAAAGUCUCGUGUCAUGGACUUCUUCCGCCGCAUUGACAAAGAUCAAGAUGGCAAGGUGACCCGACAGGAGUUCAUCGAGGGCAUCCUCUCCUCCAAAUUCCCCACCAGUCGUCUGGAGAUGAGCGCUGUGGCAGACAUAUUUGACAGAGACGGUGACGGCUACAUUGACUACUAUGAGUUUGUGGCAGCUCUCCAUCCCAACAAAGAUGCCUACAAACCGCUAACAGAUGCUGACAAAAUUGAAGAUGAGGUUACGAGACAAGUGGCAAAAUGCAAGUGUACAAAGCGAUUCCAAGUGGAGCAAAUUGGUGCCAACAAAUACCGGUUCUACCUUGGAAACCAGUUUGGAGACUCUCAGCAGCUUCGCUUAGUACGAAUUUUACGAAGUACUGUGAUGGUGCGGGUCGGAGGAGGCUGGAUGGCUCUGGAUGAGUUCCUGGUGAAGAACGACCCCUGUAGAGCUAAAGGCAGGACCAACAUGGAGCUGCGAGAGAAGUUCAUCCUCCCUGAGGGAACCACUCAGGUGAUGGCGAGCUUCCGUUACAGAGGCCGAAGAUCUCGUCCAUCAUCCAGAGGAGCUUCUCCCAACAGAUCCACCUCCAGCCAGAGCUGUGCGGUCCCAUCAACCCCAGCAGUGACCAAUACACCCAAGACUCCCCAACAAAUAACCCGCAAUUAUGAUAAGCCCUGGCUUACAAACAGCAAAUCCUCCACUCCUCUUAAAUCAUCAGACUCCUUUGGGAGCCAAGGUUCAUCCUCAGAGAGUACACCAGUUCAAGGCAGCAAAUUACGUCUUCCUGGGUACUUGUCAGGAAAAGGAUUUCAGUCUGGUGAGGAGGGAACCUUGAUCAGCGCUGCUGUUCUGAAAGCUCGGACCCAGAUGAUAGGUGAGCCAAGGAGAAAUUCCAGCCGACCUGGCAGUAAAGCAGGAAGCAGAGGGAGCAGCCGCAGAGGAAGCGACGCCUCUGACUUUGACAUCUCAGACAUCCAGUCUGUGUGCUCAGACGCCUCUGAAACAGUCGGGGAAUCAACCCGAGCAACGCCGCGUUCUGCGUCCCGUCAACAUGGAGGAAAGCCCUCCAAGAUCCCCACUCCCCAGAGAAGAACCACUCCCACAAGCAAACUGGCCAAGGGAUCCAAGCGAUAGUCAGUGGCCUUGAAAACAAACAACCCAGGAUCUAGUUGAACCCUAAGCACGUAACGGACACUGGAGAUACCUAACUUAAAAGACUGCAAAUGUGUUGAGUGUUAUUUAAAUCAUUGCGAAGAUGUAAAAUAUUCUGUUGAGAGGCAAUAUGGUUUAAUAUUAUGUGAGAAUGAAAUGUUAAUGGCCUUGUGUAUUUGUUUUUAAUGUAUUUCUUUUUGUGAAAUAUUUCAAAUUGUUUUUAUUGUAUUUUAUUUUAUUCUAUUGAACACUAGAAAACCUGGGAAUGACUAUGUUGUACGGUAAGCUAACAUUUCUAAAAACACUAAUGAAGGGCAACACGCAGGAUAGAGCUCUGAGAGUUACUGAAUGUACUGUAAUUUAUGUUUGCUGAUGUUUGGAGUAGAUGCUGCAUUAUGGUACCAUUUUGAGGCACUGCAAUUAUCUAUUUAAGUGAUAUGAUAUACUGCCAACAUGCAUUUAAAGGGCAAUGCAAUAUACUACAAUAAACCCCAGUAAGCACUGCAGAAACCUUUGAAAAACACUAUUUAAGGCAAGUAGCAGAAACAUCGUAAUCAUGAAGCUUUUAAGUCCUGUUUGUUUGUUUGUUGUCAGCUGCAGUCCCUGUUUGACCACCUCACAGCAGUGUGUGCUUGAAGGGGUGAUACUCCAUGUAGACAUUCUGUUGUGCAUCCAUGUCAAUGUAUGGUUAAUUUCGGUAGAGCUGAAAUUGUCACUGUAUCAUUACUUUGUAAUAAACCUGCUUGCAGAAAGCCACCAGAGGCUG